GAUAUCAUGCAUGUGCGUGAGAAGUUCCCUUGGGCCAAAGGGAACGAACCCCUGGUCAGGAAACUAGGGAGGGCCAAUGCUCAACGAAGGAAAUGGCUCGAGAGUCGACGACAAGGUUGCGAAAGCCCUUUAUAUCAGUCCCACUUGGACUCGAAGGCGCUAAAAACUUAUGCCAAUUAUCAGAAGGAUUCUUCCUCCUCCACCGCCACAACAACGAGGGCUACUGCAACGGACUCUGGUGGGUCUUCUUCAAUGAAAAUGGAUGAAGACGAGCCUGAAUCAUUGGUCCCGGAGCCUCCCUCGGAUUUGACCUCAGGAAGACGCUUCCGAUGCCCAUACUGCUACAUCCAGGUCGAAAUAUCAAACACACCAGAAUGGCAGAGGCAUGUGUUUGCCGAUCUUUCGUCUUACACCUGCACUUUUGACAGCUGUCCUGCGCCCCUUUUCGAAACUCGGCAACAGUGGUUUCAGCACGAGAUGGAAGUCCACCGAAAACACUGGCAGUGCGAUAUCGGAUCAAUGCCCAGUGAUUGGGAACUGACACCUCAGGCGUUUGGAAAUCAUCUGGCCAAACAUUUAGAGGAAUUAUCCUUAUUCGUGCUGCCACCCACAACUGCCAAUGAC